AUGUCUCGUGUUAUAGUGAGAGGCUUACCAAAGUAUUAUACCGAGGAAAAUUUGAGGAAUCAUUUUGGAAAACAAGGUGAAGUAACAGAUGUCAAAUUAGUUAAACAAAAAAAUGGAGAGUCAAGAAGAUUUGCAUUUAUUGGAUACAAAUCUAAUGAGUCAGCUGAAAAAGCUGUAAAGUUUUUCAACAGAUCCUUCAUUGAUACAGCAAGAAUAGACGUUGAAGUUGCAAAAUCAUUUUCAGAUCCAAAUGUUCCUAUAUCAUUUAAAGAGAAAAGAAGAAGAGAUAACGAGAGAUUAAAAAGACAACAAGAAGAACUAGAAGAGCAAGAGGAAAGAAUGGCUAAAAAACAGAAACAUAAACCUAAAUCAUUGAUAGAUCAAGAGAUGGAAAAUGAUCCUAAAUUUAAAGAGUAUAUGGAAGUAAUGAAACCUUCACAUCAAGUUAAAUCUUGGGCUAAUGACACAAUAGCAGAUGGAUCAGGUGGUCCUUUGAACGAGGAUUUAGAAAGAGCAUUAAACGGAGAAGUAACCAAAUCAAGUAGUGAUUCAUACAAUGUGAUCGAAGCCAAAGAGAAUGAGAGUGAUGACGAAUAUAAUGACUUUAAUGAACUAAAACAUGACAACGUAGAACAAGCAGAUGAAGUUAUAGACGAAGAAGAGGAAAUGAUACCAUUGAAUGAGUUGGAUAAUGAGCAGGCGAGAGAUACGAAUGUUUCCGAUAUGGAUUGGUUGAAAUCAAAAAGUAUACGUAUAAAGGAAAAUGGUGAAUUACCAGAAACAACCGAAGAUGUAAAUACAGGUACGGCUGAUGAAGAAGAAAUAGAGGAAACUGCAAUAAUACCCAAAACUCAGGAAGAGCAAUAUCUUGAAAAGAUACAGGAGACUGGACGUUUAUUUAUAAGAAAUAUUCUGUAUGACGCAACUGAGGAUGAUUUCAAAAAUUUGUUUCUGAAAUACGGUCCAUUAGACGAAGUGCAUGUAGCUGUUGAUACAAGAACGGGUAAGUCAAAAGGGUUUGUAUAUGUUCAAUUCACUAAUACCGAAAAUGCCGUCCAAGCAUUUGAGUCCCAAGAUAAAGAAAUAUUUCAAGGAAGACUUCUACAUAUAUUACCGGCGGAGAAAAAGAAAAGUCAUAGACUAGAUGAAUUUGAUUUGAAAAAUUUACCUUUGAAAAAACAAAGAGAAUUAAAAAAGAAAGAACAAGCCGCUAAAACCCAAUUCAGUUGGAAUAGUCUUUAUAUGAAUACAGAUGCAAUCAUGGAUUCAAUGGCUGCAAAGUUAGGUGUCUCGAAGUCACAAUUAAUCGAUCCUGAAAAUUCAAGCUCUGCAGUCAAACAGGCUUUGGCUGAAGCUCAUGUGAUUGGUGAUGUUCGAAAGUUUUUUGAAGAUAAAGGUGUUGAUUUAACAAGUUUCAACAAGAAGGAAAGGGAUGAUAAAAUAAUUUUGGUAAAAAAUUUUGCAUUUGGUACCACAAUCGAAGAAUUGGGAGAGACUUUUUCGCAAUAUGGACCUUUGAAAAGAAUGAUAAUGCCACCAGCUGGGACAAUAGCUAUCAUAGAGUUCAAAGAUGCACCAAGUGCAAGAGCGGCAUUCACAAAACUAGCAUAUAAAAGAUUUGGUUCUAGUAUUUUGUACUUGGAGAAAGGACCAAAAGAUUUGUUCAAUCGUGAGCCAACUACAUCAGAGAAUAUCACGGAGAAGAAAGAACCAGAAACAGAAAAUGUCGUUGAAGUUAAAGCGUCAGUUAACGAUAUAAUGGGUGAACCACAAACGGAAGAAGAUAUAGAAGAAAUUCAAGGAUCAUCAGUCUCCAUAUUCGUUAAAAAUCUUAAUUUUUCAACUACAGUGCAACAACUAGCAGAUCUUUUCAAAUCGAUACCAGGAUAUGUUACUGCAACUGUUAAAACGAAACCAGAUCCAAAGAAUUCUGGUCAAACUUUGAGUAUGGGUUUUGGGUUCGUUGAGUUUAAAUCCAAAGCACAAGCCGAGGCAGCUAUAAAAACAUUAGACGGUCACGUUCUAGAUGGUCAUAAAUUACUAUUAAAAUUAUCACACAAACAAUCAUCUAACACUAAAUCCACUACUUCGAAAUCCAGUAGAUCAACAAAAAUACUCAUCAAAAAUUUACCAUUCGAAGCCACGAGGAAAGAUCUAUUGGAAUUAUUUGGUGCUUUUGGACAUUUAAAAUCUGUUAGAGUACCUAAAAAAUUUGAUCAAACAGCUAGAGGUUUCGCAUUCGUUGAAUUUAACUUAUUAAAGGAAGCUGAAAAUGCUAUGAAACAAUUAGAAGGUGUCCAUUUGUUAGGUAGAAGGUUAGUAAUGCAGUACGCUGAGAAAGACUCAGAAAAUGCUGAAGCAGAGAUUGAAAAAAUGACCAAAAAAGUUAAGAAACAGGUUGGUACUCAAAAUUUGGCUGCUGCUAGAGUAGCUGGGAAAUCUAGAAUUGAAUUGGAGGAAAAAGAAGAUGAUUUCGGUGAUUUUUGA